AUGUUCGUCUUCCCCAAAGAAACCGACACAGCUCAUGUCAUCCUAAGACCUACAAUUACAAGGCCAUUGCAGGAAGUCAGCGUCUGUCUACGUACCUUCAGUGAACUUUCACGCCAGUAUUCUCUCUUCUCUUUAGCUACUCCAACAUACAGAGAUGCUUUUCUAAUCACGUUCCAGGCUCCCACCACCUAUAUGGUACGCAUAGGCCAUGCAAGCAGUGUUUUCAAGAGAGACUCAGAGCCUUCGGACUGGAAUCAUAUCUGUGUGGCCCGGGACUUGAAAACUGGGGUGGUCCAACUUUGGGUCAAUGGGAACAACACCAACAAAGGAUAUAUUUGGGGAGAGUCUUCUAUUGCAGCUAAAAGCAGCAUUAUUCUCGGGCAAGCACAAGUUUCUUAUGGAGGAGGGUUUGAUGCUUCUCGGUCAUUGGUUGGUGAAAUAAGUGACGUCCACAUGUGGGAUUAUGUCCUGGCUCCAGAAGACAUUGAGAUGGUCAUAUCUGGUGAUCUCCAAGGAAAUGUCAUUAAUUGGAAGUCUCUAGUCUAUGAAAUGAAAGGAAAUGUUCUUCUCCAGCCUACAAAUUUGCGUAAGUCUGUCAUCUUAACUGUAUACACUUCAAUUAUUAAGAUCCUUCAACGUUCUGUACAGAAUAUGGUGAUUUAUUUGUCAUGA